AUGCCUGAUUGGCCAGAGGUUUUAACUGCAUUUGAAAAUUCAUUGGCCGUUGUUUCAGAAAGGAUAGAUGCUAUGGAUGGCUUGGCUUCAGGUGCAGAGGCUGCAUGCAGAAUGUUUGCACAAUAUAUGGAUGGUGCUGAGUUGUUGAAUUUGGCUGCCCGCAUUGGCAUGGGCUUUGUCACGAUUCAGCUAGAUGAACCCUGUUACAGAUGGAUUGGGAAUAUUCUAGAUAUCCUUCUAGAAUCCAAAGGGAUAAGGUACAUUACCUUGAAGAUUUUAUCCUCCUGCUUGCAGCUUAUAUUCCUACUGAAGAGGAGAUGCAAACUAGAUGAAAGUAGUGGGUGGUUUUGCACUCUAAGGCUUGUACUUGGGAGCUUAUUAGAUUUGCAUGGUGCUUCACAUUCACAUUAUCAUUAUGAUCUCUUCAGAUUGUUUGUAUCCUGUCGGAGGGCCCUAAAAAAUUUAACAGUGGCAUCUUGUGAGGAGAAGAUGGAAGCUAGUCAAUUCUCUCUUUCUUGCAUACUGUUUGAGAGUCCAUAUCCUGUUUUAUGGCUUUUGAAGUCAAUGUCUGCAGUUAUUAGGUGUCAAUGUGUAUUUUCAGAAGAUAAUGCCACCAAAGUGAAAGAUAUGAUUUUCUCGUUGGUAGAUCACACAGCAUAUUUGUUUUUGACAUUAAGCAAAGACAAAUUUGUGCGUGCAAUUCACUCGCAUAUUUUAUAUGGAAAACUUUGUGAGGAAAAGUCCAGUUCUGUUAUUGCCCAAGAAAGGUGUGAUGGUAUUGAAGAUGAUCCAUAUUUGAAUUCUGGUGAAGAUAUAGAUGCACGGAGAAGUGUGGUCCUUGUGGCUGAGACUUUAAAGGAACAGGUGCAAAACAUACUUGUGUCUCUAAAGGAAGUCAUCUGUGAUGAAAAAAAGGAACCUUUUACUGGUGUUCAGGAAUAUACUUCCUUGUCAACUAUUAUUUCCUGCUUGCAAGGCUUUUUGUGGGGGCUAGCAUCUGCCUUGGACAAUGUAGAUGCACCAAGGUUUAAUGUUAAAAUAAAAUUCUCAAGAUGGAAAUUUGAACCUCUCCAUGAAGUCAACCUUUGCCUGGAUACAGUUGCAGAUUUUAUAAAUUAUUCCUUGCGAGCGUUGCUUGUUGAGGAUGAUCAGUGUUUUGCUGAUUUUGAUGAUACUUUGCAUGGGCAAGAGCAGCAGAAUUGUGGAAAUGCAAGGAACUUCUCCACAACAGCUGCUAUAAAGGAGGACUCCAGUAAGAGUGUCUGGAAAAAAAAGUCUCAUUCAGGAAAUGCAGAAAGUAUUUUGACCAAGGUUGAUUUGUCUGAGCAACUAUGUUUAAGGAAAUCUUUAUUGCAGGGUUUUUUGAGAGGUGAAGAUCUUGAAGCAGCAUUUUUUCUCAGACAACUAUUUAUUGCUUCUUCAGCAAUUUUGAAGCUAAAUUUGCAGACUAAUCGUAAUGCCUUGUCAUCCAGCUUGAUUUCUAUUUUAAUUGGCAUUUCCCGAGUUUUGUUAGUGGAGUUUGCAAGCAAGGUUGAGGUGCCACAACCAUUUUCUUUUGUUUGGUUAGAUAGUGUUGUAAUGUUUCUUGAAGAGUUGGGGAGUUACUUUCCAUCAUCCAAUCCUACCUUGUCUAGAAAUUUGUAUGUCAAGUUGGUAGACUUACACUUAAGGGCUAUAGGGAAAUGCAUCUCUUUACAGGGCAAAGGAGCUACUCUAACAUCUCAUGAGACAGAGUCAAGUACCAAGAUGCUAAAUGGUCAGAUGGGAUUAUCUGAAUGCAAUAUUUCCCAAGGGCCAUACUUAGAUGAAUUUAAAGGCAGGUUGAGGAUGUCAUUCAAAGCUUUUUUGAAGAGACCAUCAGAAUUGCAUCUAUUUUCUGUAGUUCAGGCUAUAGAGAGAGCCUUAGUAGGAAUGCAGGAAGGCUGCAUGAUAAACUAUGAACUACAAACUGGAAGUUCAGAUGGGGGAAAGGUUUCCUCCACUGUUGCAGCUGGUAUUGACUGCCUUGAUUUGGUUCUUGAAUUUGUUACAGGACGCAAACGAUUGAGUGUGGUGAAAACACACAUCCAGAGCUUAGUGACGUGUCUGUUCAACAUAAUUCUGCACUUGCAGGGUCCAAAAAUCUUCUAUGGGAAAGCCAAAGGUAAUAGAGGCGAUGCUGAUCCUGAUCCGGGAUCAGUCCUUCGUAUGUGUGUCGAGGUACUGACCAGAGUUUUUGGAAAACAUGCUCUGCUUCAUACGGAUACCUGCCAUGUUGUGCAGUCCUUGCGUGUACCUGCAGCAAUUUUUCAAAGCUUCCUCCAGCUUAGAAUUUACGAAUCUCCUGGUCGAUCUGAUUCUCCAAGGUUCUCAGAUACUGAAGGCCCUGAGUCUGUAAUAAGCAAGAAUACAUGUGUUGUGGAUCGACAGUUUUCAAUAGAGCUAUAUGAUGCAUGUUGCCGACUGUUGUGUACUGUUCUCAAGCAUCACAAAAGUGAGAGUCAACGCUGUGUUGCUAUUCUUGAAGAUUCAGUUUGCAUUCUUCUUCGUUGUCUGGAGAUGGUUAAUAUUGAUCCAGUUGUCAGAAAAGGUUAUUUUUCGUGGGAAGUACAAGAGGGAGUGAAAUGUGCUUGCUUUCUCCGAAGAGUUUAUGAAGAGUUUCAUGACGGCCCAGGAGUUGCAUCUACUGAGAUCCAUGAACAUAAAUGUCCAUUUCUGGGUUUAUUGUCUCUGGAUGCAAUGGCUACACGAUGCAUAAGGCAGCAGAAGGAUGUCUUUGGGAGGAAUUGCUUUCAGUUUUUAUCCAAUUACGUAUCGAUUUAUUGUGGAUAUGGUCCAAUUAAAACUGGCUUCAGAAGGGAAAUAGAUGAAGCUUUGAGACCUGGUGUCUAUGCCUUAAUAGAUGCUUGCUCAGCUGAUGAUCUUCAAUAUCUUCAUACGGUAUUUGGAGAGGGUCCCUGCAGAAGCACUCUGGCAACUUUACAACACGAUUACAAACAGAAUUUCCAGUACGGAGGAAAACCUGCCAAUCAGACGCACCCUUGUGCUAUAAAUCUAUUGGGCCUUCAAUUCUCAACAACCUCUUGCAUUGGUUUAACAUUUACAAUUAUUGGCUUUCCCCUAAGUUUCACCACAAAGCACAACACCAUUCAUGACACACAGAAGAAGCACAGCCUCCUCUAUCCUAGAGGUUUUUUCUCUGAAUCCUCUUCCAUACCCAGUUCUACUAUUCUCGGCCGUGAUCUUCAUCUUCCUUGGCCUCCAAUGGCACGUGUCCUACGACUCGAUGGUCGAAACCACAGGAGAAAACAUGGGUUGGCUACUUCUGGCCACACCAAUUGGGUUGGUGUUCCUUGUGCGGUGGUUAUCGGGUAUGGAGAACCCGGAAAGGCUCUUUUGGAUGUCUCCAUACGAGCGUCGCAGGCGGGCGUACUACUACCGGUCGCCCGAGGGAAGCUCGCCGUGGGGCGUGGCAGCUUUGCUCUUGUUGGUACUUGUCCUGCUUCAAUUCCAGUCUACCUUUCUUGAUAGCUGGUUUGUAUGAUGCUUGAAAAGGUUGGAUAAUUAUGUGUUUUGAUGUGCUGUUUACGAGUGAUAUGUAAUUAUUAAUAGAACCUAUACUUUUCCCCUCUUUUGGAUUAGAUCAAAGUUAAUUUGAUGCUCAUUUCAUGUUGUAGUAUAUGGUAGAGGAGGUUGUUGUAUAUAUAUGGGGUUUGGAAUUUUGUUUGAGGAAAUUACUAUAGGAUGUUUAUUUUUUGUUUUGUUUUCCUA